CGUUAAGCAACUGUGCGCCCAAACCCCAUCUCUAGCACUAACACCAAAAAAACGGCAAUUUUAUUGGCAAAAUCGUAGUAAAGUAAAAUAAAGCAGGAUAUUCGAGUGCGCCAACCGCAGCGCAGCGUACUGAGAGCCCCAAUUGAAUCGCCAGCGCGCAUCGGACAGGACGAGGACCCGCAGGCGGCGCGAUGAGUGUCCUGGCGUAUCCACGUACCAACGAUGAGGAGAUUUUCCGUCACUGCACCAAGGACUGCGGAGUGGUAACGGCCACGGAGGACUUCCAGUACUUCGCCCUGCGAUGUAUAUUCUGCAGCGAGAAGUUCCUGUACUUCGACUCGUUCAUCGGCCACAUGCAGACGGUGCACCUGGGCGACCAGUCCGUGGCGAAUCCCGCCUCCGCCUCGCGUUCGGGCUUCAAUCUCGGCGAGCCGAUGUCCCUGUCCAGUCGCAACGGCGACCUGCCCAACUUCCACGAGAUCGAAGACUUAACGGACGCGGACACGGCGCUGCUGGAGCCCCAGAUGGUCAUCAAACAAGAGCUGCAGGACCUGCCCUGCAGCGAAGAUGAUAUGGCCGGCGACGAGGAUGACGACGACCAUCGGCUGCCCGAUUCCGAUGCCGGCGAUGAUGAGGACGAGGCCAUACUGCCCGAGAGCGAUGUCCCGGUGGUCAGCUCCGCGCCACGGCCGCGCAAGAAGGUCACAAAGCAGCGCCAAAUGGACAUCUCCAGCGAGGCACUUAUCGUCGGCGAUGGCGACUCCUCGUUCGACGACUACGGCGAUCCGGACAACAGCUACAUGGACGAUAAUUCCGGGGAGUACAUGGACUACACCGGCUUCGACGGCGCCAACCACAGUGGCCUCGGUCCCGAAUCGGACUUCCUCAGUUACGAUGAGAUGGUGGAGGAGUCCUUGUUGGGACGCGACCGGGAGGUGACGAUGCACAUCAAGGACCGCAAGAUGAUCCAGUUCCUCAUCCACUCGUAUCAGCGCAACCCCUUUCUGUGGGAUCACGGCAACGCACAGUUCCGGGAUCGCGUGAAGCGCGCCCGCUUCCUCGACUGGAUCGUGCUGGAGUUCAAGAGUCGCUUCAACAUCUCGCUGGCCAAGGACGCCAUCACCCGCAAGUGGGACAACCUGCGGACGGUGUACAAGCGGGAGUGCAAUCGCAUGGCCCUGGAGAAGACCAACAUCAGCACGCUGUGGUACUUCAAGGAGCUGCACUUCCUCAACGAGGUCUACAGCUACAACGACAAGAUGUCCGAUGCCGUGGUCAAGGAAACCUCCUAUCGCCGCCGCUUUUCGGCCAUUUGGAAUGACACGUCCACGUCCAAGCUGCUGAGCAUGGUGAAGCGGUACCAGUGCUUCUACAACCGCUUCGAUCCCGACUACCGCAGCAAGGAGCGGCGCGGCGAGGGACUCCACCAGAUGGCCAUUGAGCUGCAGCAGCUGAUCGACGUGACCACCAUUCAGAUCUCGAAGCGCAUCUCCCAGCUGCGGUUCGACUACUCCAAGCAGAAGAUGGAGCGCCUCAAUAGCGAGCGCCUGGGCAAGAAGUUCAUUGCCAACUACAUAUACUACGACCAGAUGCACUUUAUGGACGACGACAUACCGCCGUUCAAGUGCCCGCACUGUCCGGAGAUUGUGCAAACACUCAGGGAACUGGACCUUCACAUGCUCACCCACCAGCCCAGUUUGGGUGGCGGCUGCUACUGCAACAUUUGCAGCAUUCAGUUCCACAACGCCGAGGAGUUCGACAGCCACAAGCAAUUGCAUUUGCGCGGCGUGGCCGAGGUGAAGUUCAACUGCGAGCUGUGCACGGCCAGCUUCCGGGAGAAGGCCAACUAUGAUGAGCACCUGCGGCGCCACAACGAGGAGCUGUUCCUGCCCUCGCUGGCGCUGAAUCACAGCAUCAUGGAGAGCGGCGUUGCGGAGGAGGAGGAGGCCAGAGCCGAGGGCGAGGAGUCCAGGGGUAGUGGCAGCCGGAAAAAAAGGGCUGGCCAAGCGUCCAAGUCACCCGAAGUCCUGGCCGAUGAUGAAGAUCCAGUGAGCGGAGGAGGCAGCGACAUUGCCAAGCCGUAUGGCUGCGAGGUGUGCCGCCGCAGCUUCGCCACGCCGGGCCACCUGAAUGCGCAUCGAAUUGUCCACCAGGAUGAGCGGGAGCGGUGCUACAAAUGCGACUAUCCGCAGUGCAAUAAAUCGUUUGUGGCGCGCAACAGCCUGUUCGAGCACCUGAAGCAGCACUACAGCAACGAGGAGUUCAAGUGCGACAUCUGCGGCAAGACGUUUAAGUCAACAAAGAAUCUGCAGAACCACAAGCAGAUCCACGACAAGGUGAAGCGCUACGUCUGCCAGAUUUGCGGCUCGGCGUUCGCCCAGGCUGCCGGACUCUAUCUGCACAAGCGUCGCCACAAUCGACCCAACGGAGCCGUCGGCGCCGUCGGACGUUCGGGCCGUAGCAGUCUGUGAGAUAGGGAGUGGGAGAGGGACAAGGACAAGGACAAGGACAAGGACAAGGAUUGGUACAAGGCCAAACUCGAGGUCGGGGGCGGGGUCGUGGCCGCGGGCGUGGUCGCUAUGUCAAAUAGUUUUUAAUGUAACUGAAACUGCAACUGCAACUGUAACUGUAACGUCUUUAAUUUGCCAGCAAUCCAGGCAGCUUAGUUAGCUUGUUUAAUAUUAGUUUAAGACUCACUAGAUGAUCAGCCCUAUUCGCCGCUCGAUUCGGUUGGAGUUUGAAGGUACUAUAGUCACAGAACUAAAACUAAAGGGUUUUCAGUGAGCAAACUCAAGCACUUUACUAACAAAUAUUUUCAAAGCAUAAAAAAGAUAAGAGAAGAGAAGAGAAGGUGAAAACCUCUAGUGUUUCCUUACAACAUUUUUAAUUCAAACCUUUUAUUGUGUCUGAAUCGAAAUCGCGAGCAGGGUAUCUCUUGUAUUAUUUUGUCUAAUAUGUUAAUUUGAGUUUAACUUUAAUUUAGUUGUAUUUUUUAUGCAUCCACAUACCUGUAGUCGUACUUAAAAGCGAAAAGUAUUUAACAACGCCCAUGAAUGCAACUUUAGGCUUAAGCAAACUGGCCAACAUUUCCUUCCACUUUCCAAUGAUUCUUGAGUAAGUUCAAAUAUAGACAGAGAAAGAGAUAGGAAAGUCCAGAGGAAAGAAAGAGAGCGGUUGAUCUGAUCGGUACUUAUAACAAUUAACAAAUACUUAACAAUUCUGUGCCAACUUUGAGUUAUUCUCCUCAAACCCACAACACAAAGAACGUAGUUAACCAUGUAAGAAUUGCAAACAUUCCUCCCCGUCCCCUUGAAUCGAUGUGAGCGAGCCGAAGCAUUCCAGAACUAAGUAUUUCAUAAAGUAUUUUAUGUACUAACUAUAUAUAUUUAUAUGCAAAAAUUACAAGUGCAGACAACCAUUUGCCAUUACACUGACGAACAGAAUAUAGAAAUCCAAGCAACUCGAGCCGAUAAUUAACAGCAAUAACUAAGUUACUAAGCAUCUAACAAACAAUUAAGUGUAAGCCACUAAAAGAGAAACGAACACACACACACACAAAUGUAAUGUGCAGUGCGUGACGAAGCUGUAGGGCAAUUGCCACUGCCCUAUGGCCCGGAACGCACUGUCCUCGAACGACUGAAUCUGUAAUACACUUCGAGGCGAGUUAGGUUCUCGAAAAUCGCGCCGCUUCGUCCUGUAAUCGUAACUAUGUAUAACCCUAUUCGUAAUCCCAUCUGUAAAUAUAUAACUCGAGCAGGCCGUCUAACUAUUAACAGCAGACAUUAGCCAUCGCCAUGGCAAUAUAGCAUACGGAAACGAGAGCCCACUGUGUUGGGUGAAGCUUCAUUUAGGCCUAAGUUCAUUUAGCACAAUUUCGCAGACCCCGAUCUGCUGCUCACUCGUGCGAAAUUAACAGAAAUUAACCAAGAGAACGCUUAUCAAGGCUUCUCGCCGAUAGCGGAUCGACUUGGAUUUCUUUGCAGUGAGUCGAGCAUUCAAACAAAUUGUGAAAUAGUUAACAGCAACGAGGAGACAAAAAACACAAAA